CUAGUCAUUUCAGCAGAACGAUUGAAAUGUCGUAAUCGCGCAAGCAGCAAAAUAUUUAUUCCGCACACAACCUUAUCGACAGCGAGAAUUGUUUUUCUAUUUCUUCGGUUGAACAUAUAUGCAUUUACGGCGAUAAAAAAACGACUUGAUAAUUGUAUGAAUGUCCAAAUGCGCCUUGACACAACAACACACAUUUUGAUUGUUGAAUUUUUUAUUAAAUAAAAUCGAAAAAGUGUUAUUAGUCAGACUAAUGAAGUGAUGAGUGUUACUAAACAAAUUGUUUUAGUAUUGUGAUUAGAUCAUCGUUGCUCAAAAUAAUUUAUCGAUGUUCAUAGAGAAUACACAUUUAUAUACCAGUGCCAUUGUUUAUUUAAAAUUCUGGGCACAGCGUUAGGCUAUCUGUGCGAAAAAUUUUCACCAGAAAGUCCAAUGUGGAACGACCAAAAAAGAAAGAAAGAAAAUUGUGUUCGAUGUUCUCGUGUGAAAAUGUGAAACUGAAAUUCUAAAUUUUCGUCCAAUCAAUUUUUGUAUAUCGAAUGCGUGCGUACUCGUCCAACUUCGAGUUUCAGAUUGUGAAUUAAUUAAACGAAAAAAAAAAACAAAAAUCUGCGGUCCAACUGUUCAAAAAUUUUAAUUACUCAUCACCGAGAAAAGGAAAAAAAAUAUUUUACGAAAAAAAUCAAAAUUACUGGCUAGUGUUACACAUAAAUAUUGGGUGUUGUUUUGUCAAAACAUCCAUUUAGCAGUUCAAUAUAAAGUCUGAAACGAUGUGCUUGAAACGAUGUUUUAGGAAAUUCUUUUUCUGUACAAAAUACAACGAUGACGACUGCGAGGAGGAACAAUUUAUUACGUCUGGUGAUAUGGUCGGUGCCCGAUUGAAUCGAGAGAGUGGACUUAUUUAUAGUUGCAGUAAUCUGAAGGAUGUCGUACCCGGCGCUAGUUACUACAUUACUGGAAAUAUUCUAAAUAAUUGCGAAAGAUUCGCCAUCAACUUUUCCUACGAUGCAUGCGGUCGAGAUAUUGCUCUUCACGUCAAUCCUCGACUCCCUCAAAAUUACAUCGUCCGCAACUGUAAAAUCAAUGGCCAUUGGGGUACGGAAGAAGUAACGUCGGCACUGCCGUUUUGUUUAGAACGCGGCAAACGGUUUGCCUUACAAGUUCUGCUGACCGAAGGUGAAUUUUAUAUUUCGUUCAAUGGUACACACUUUGCUGCCUUCAAACAUAGACUUCCGUACAACCGAAUCCAGUGUCUUCAAGUGAAAGGUGAUGUGUCUGAUGUGACGGUAGAAUAUGGAAAUGUGCUCGAAUAUCCGGAUCGGCUGAGUGGAGAUGAUAGCGGAACGAUCAACGAUAUUCCGGUGGUGAACUACUUAACAACCGAAGAUGUUGCCGAAAAUUUACAGAAUGCCAAAGAUAAUUUCAUCCAAAUGCCAUACUACGGCAAGAUAAACAGUCAAUUCAAUUUAGGCACCAGAUUGCACAUUAUCGGCAGGGUCAAAGUUCUACCUCAUUCGUUUUUCGUGAAUUUCCAACGGGGUGACAAAAUCUGGCCACAUCCCAUCAUCGCCUUCCAUUUCAAUCCUCGAUUUGCUAUGGUCGGCGGUAAGCAUGUCAUCUGCCGAAACUCGUGGUUCGACGGUAAAUGGGACCGCGAAGAGCGAUCGGAAAUAAAAACAGACUUUAUGCCGAGUCGGACGUUUCAUUUGAUAUUUCAGAUAACUGACUCGUCAUACCAUGUCUACUUGAACGAUAAAUUCAUUUCCGAGUAUCAGUUUCGCGUGAAAGCCGACAUUGUGGACACGGUGUACAUUCAAGGCGAUAUAAAAUUGAAAGCUGUGAUCUUUGAGCGACAACAGAGGCCCGAUGAGAAUUUGUAAUCGGCUCGGUCGAAUUGUUGUGAUUAAUGGGGAAAAGCAUUUUUCUACGUCUUUAGAAUUGAUAUAAAUGUGAAACGAAGGUCCAGUCAUUUACAUAGAAGUAAGAAUUAUUGAGAGGACGAUGUGUGCCAAACAGAACUGGCAUCGAGACUCUGCUUGCUACUAAUUGAGAUACUAAACUACUUACUAAUAUUAUAAAUGAAAUUAUAAAACGAAAAAAACGAUUUCGAAAUGAAACGAAAAGAAUUUUCUUUCACAAGCAAAGCUUUUUACCUUUGCUUCCGACAAUAAAAGGUGGAUGUUGAAUGGUCCGACAUAAAAAUUUUUCGGAUUAACAAAUUGCUUCGUCAACAGUAUUUUUCAUGACUAGGGAUUAAAAGAGGAAAAAAAGAGUUUUCCUGAGAAUUUUCCAAGGUGCGUUUUCCGACGAUGUAGCAUAUAAAAAUAUGCGUCGAAAACCGUACUUUUCUUGUUUGAAGCACUACUUUCGACGUACUCAGCAUGUAGAAUCCAUUACAUAGCUCGGGAUAAAAAGAUGAAAAGUCUCGUUUUCGUAUGUUUAUUGACUUCGGCUACGCCUCGGAUCAACAAAAUUCACACGAAAACUAAACUUUUUAUCGCUAGUCAUGUAAAAUACGAUUGAAUUGUAGCACCGGACGGAUGUAAAUUGUUAUAAUUGUUUAAUCGGGCAGAUUCGUUUGUGUGCAAUCUUCUCUUUUUGGUUCAAUAACCCUAACCAUUUUCUUCCUGUUACUUAUAAUGAAUAUGUGAAAACGGCUAGUCCGAUUUAACGAAUUAUAUAAAUUGUAAUAUUGCAGUUGUGAAUUUGAAAAAUCAAAUGGGAAAUAUACAAGAAAAUAUUUUUAAAAUUGA